UGAUGCAGGUCAGAGGAGUAGAUUCAGAGGUGAGCAACCGAACCGGAAAGCCCAGAAACGGAAGGCGAAGCCUGAAUUUGCAGUGUGAUCAGUGACACCUCUUGGUCUCUAGAAUAAAGCUCCUGUGCCUCUGCUGCUCCCACCGCCGCCAGCAAGCAGCCUGCCAUGCAGCCCCACCCCUACUUCACUUCUGCCCGACUCCCUCAGGAUAUUUUUAGCUCUGAUGAUGCGCCCUGUCAAACCACGUAACGGAAACAAGCAAAAAGCAGAGCUGCUGUGAGGAGACCGCUCGGUCAGUUUUAUUGUGAUCUGCAGCGGAAAGGCCGCGGGUGAGAUGAAAUUUGAGAUUAAUUUGGUGUUUUACGUGUUGGUGGUCCUUGCCAGCUCAUCGCAGACAAAAGGUCAAGGCAGUGCUUUGCUGCUCCUCACCUCGGCUACUCUCCCAAGUCAUGAUGGCAUUUCAGUAACUACAGACCUGACGGAGGAUCCUGAUAAUGAGGUCACGCAGUGGACACAUGAUCCUUCAGGCGAGAAUGAAGCCUCAUCUAAAACCACAACCACUACUAAGACUGAAGGAAUAGUCCAUUCAGUGGCUACGUCUCAACAUAUGAAGGUGUCUGUUGUCAUGAGCGCUCACACUGGUACUGCCUCAUCCUCAGAUAGCCUUUCCUCCACACCGACUGUACAGCGCACCACCCCCCUACAGCACAUCUCAGCCACAGAAGGCCUCCUGACCAGAGAUCCCCUCACCACCUUUUCAUCUCAGCCAGCUCACACAGUGCAGGAUGCCUCGUCCAUAAAGGCACAGUCUGGAUCACUGACCACAGCCACCGCACAUACCAUAGGUCACCCUCUGGCCUCAACUCCGGGCUGGGGCCCUGCUGCGCCAACACACCAGGAAGUCCCAUCUGAACUUAAUGUUGGAGAUGAAGAUGUUAAGCAGCCCCACUACCGUUCAAGCUCCCCUCUAGACCCCCUGCUGGCCGGUCUGCUGUCAGUGUUCAUUGUCGUCACUGCUAUCGUCUUCGUCAUCCUCUUCCUCAAGUUCCGACAGCAGACAAACCACCCAGAAUUUCACCGUCUGCAGGAUCUACCCAUGGACGAUUUGAUGGAGGACACGCCACUCUCCAGAUACACCUACUGACAGAGGAGGUCUCCCAGUCACUUCCAGCACUCAGAGGACAGAAACACAGCAGAAACCAAAGGAAGAUCAGGGUGGCCCUGAGCAACACCUACUGUAUGCCUGGAUGCAGCUGCAUCUAUGCUGAUGAGUUUCUCUUUGCUACUAUAGCUACGAUAGGUUUUGAAUCAGUAAUGAAAGUGUUUAUCUGUGGUUCUGUGAGGGAUUCCUAAAGGACAAGCUCAACAAGUUUUGGUAUUGUUUCAACAUUUGUUACAUUCCCUUUAAAGUUCUGGAGAUCUUCCUGAUUUUUUUGUAUCCCUGACUGUCUCUUUACGCACAGCACUUUAAUGUGGCAGGAACGGUCACACUGCCCCCUAGGGGACAUCUAAGAUAAUGUGGAUCAAGGUUUCAUGAAGUUCUCCAAUGUAAAAUAGAUGACAACCUCAGGUUAUCCAGCGACUGAUAAGAGACGGAGGCAAAGGCAGAAUGGGUAUGUUACGUGCUUCAAGACACAAGGGAAAGUUGCCAACUUGGCCAAAAUGAUUACACUCCCUUUGGUUACCAAAUAAUAGUGAAGUGCACUUUCAGAUUUCAUAUUGUCUUAAAACUGAAGCCCUACACAAAACAUAAACAAACAAACAAUAAUCAAAAGCCUUCUUACUGAAAAACCCACCAAUCACUCAAUUGUUCAAAUGUAUUAACCAAGCUACCCAAAUGUAAAGGUGGAAAAUAUUGUUACAACCUUUAAUGACAGAUAAAUGUGUUAUAGCAUCAUGAUGUGAUGCUGCCAUAUAAAACUUCAAUUUGGAUAUUAUUUUUGAUGAUGAAUGAUUAACCCAAUAAUACACACUGAGAACACCCUGCUACACUAAAUGUGAGUGAAUAGUAAAAGGUAACACAGUAUCAUAGUUUAAUGUGUUAUAACAUUCAUAUUUAUAGAGGAUGCACUUGUUUGCACAUAUAUCAUUUGUUCAGAUGAGGAGACAAAGAGAAGCAGCAUCAGGGAAGUCUCCUGCUGCCUGUGCAUUAAUUGGAGCACCAUGUGAAUGUGCAGGGACUCAGCUGUUGUAUUAAGACUUUAUAGCUAGUGUUAUUUUACUGUUAAGUGCCAACAGUGAUGUAUGAUGUCAUAGCAGUAUGUACUGUAGGAAUUUGUAUGGAUAUCCUGUUUGAUAAUAAAA